GAAAAAAACGCCAUUGUGCGACCGGGUUUCUGUGAGGCAAAACGUUAUUCAGUGAACGCAAACAUGAAUAUUGUUGCCAUCGUUGUAUUCUUAGCAGCCACCCUGUUGUCUGUUACAAACGCUAUCGAUAAAACCCUGCAGCCAAAUGCGUAUGGAGCUGACGUCGUGGAAGCGGUCGUGAAUGUUAUCCGUGAUUCGUGCCUCUUUGCCGAAGAUCGUCGAUUUCUCCGACGACUCGCGUACGUGGAGUCGCAGGAUGGCUCGGCACCAAACACCUUCAGGUCAGGAUACUAUGGAGGAAUUUGGCAGGUUGACGAGAAUGAGUUCCGCGCUACCCAGAACAAACCGUUAUUGCAAUCACAGUACAACCUAAUACUUAGUCGGUUUGGAAUCACCUGGAAUGCAGUCAGGUGGCAGGAUCUGAGGAGACCGCUGUAUUCUGGCAUCGCUGCGGCACUCUUCAGCAUAUAUCGUGCUGGGCCAUCUGGGAUGAGCUGGAAACUGGAGGAGCAAGGGUUGUUCUGGGGUCACAACUUCCACGGCGGCAGACCGGCCAACAACUUCACCCAACUUGCUCAGAUACUUGACCUUGGGUGCAAGACGAACCAACAAGUUGAUCUGGUGUUUGUUGUCGAUACGUCUUCCAGUCUAACAGCGAACGACUUCACGCGCUCCAUCAGGUUUUUAUCUGAGGUUGUGGACGGGUUUGAAAUCUCCCCGUACAAUACGCAGGUCGGAUUGGUGACGUACUCAUCAACUGCAAGAGUAGAAUUCCAUCUUAACCAACAUACUAACAACGUGAGCCUCCACAAUGCAAUCAACGGUGUCCAUAACGUUCCUGGAGCUACACAAACCGACAAGGCAAUAGACAAGGCAAUAACGGAGGUCUUCUCUUCAGGAAACGGUGCGCGACCAGGUGCUGUUAAGGUGAUGGUGGUUAUAACUGAUGGCAACAGCGAUGACGACCUAAAUACGCUAGACGCUGCUAACAAGGCCCAUGCGGCCGGCGUGGUGACGUUCUCAGUGGGUGUUGGUACAUCCAUUGGAAAAACAGAGCUCGACAACAUAGCAACCGAUCCCGACUGUACCCAUGCGUACACGGUAAAAGGUUACGAUGAGAUCAAGUUCUUAAGAGAAGAAAUACAAAAGGCUACAUGUAUUGCUCCCCUGUACAUCAACCAGACAUACAGCUGUCGCCUUGACCAGUGCCCUCCCUUGGCGGUGCUCACCGGACCAAACGGUACUACCAUAGAGACGAACAUUACAUGUGGAGGAAUGAAUGUGUAUUCCGCCUUCAGCAAUCCCUACCCCAGCGGCGCUCAGUAUGAAACCAUCGACUAUACGUACAUGGGGAAUAUGUCGCAACACUUCUUCAGUACUGGAGGGAAAACACUGUACAUCAACAUGAAGGACAGCUCUAGUGGCAACAUAUAUAGAACAUGUAUAGCCACAAUUACACCAAAAUACGGCGACCGGACUGACCACAGCGUGACUGUUAGAUGCUAUAAAGAUGGCGUCGAAAUUCUUUGCAAGGACGAAUAUUUUAACUGCACUGAAAAGUGGAACUUUAACAGCCCCUGUACCAACGCCAAUAUUCUGGCCGGUAUCACAAAGUUUCCCCACCCCUAUAACAACAACAAGUUCUUGAUGUGCGAUCUCUCCGGCAAGAUGUACAUCGUCAUCUGUCCGCCCAGAGAGCUGUACUUCAAGGACUGUAGCCAGUGUCUUGGUGAGAACUCGGUAUCCAGUUCCGGGUGUGGCACCUCCUUGGCCCCGACCGUCGCCAACCCUUGCUCCAGGGCGCAGAUCCUGGCGGGUAACCUGUUCUUCCCGUACCCUGGUGACGUGACCAAGUUCAUCCACUGUGACAUCUGGGGCCAUCCCUGGGAACGCAACUGUCCCGCAGGGGACGAGUGGGACCAGGGUCUUCUCACCUGCUUCGUUGCCAGCACUUAUAGUCCCUGUAGACACCACGUGCCCGGCACGCCGUACCUAUAUCCCCACCAGUGUGACCCUCACCAGUACAUUCACUGCGACACCAACCACCAGUCGUUCGUCCAGUCGUGCCAGCUGGACUACGUGUUCCUGAAAACCACCCAGACCUGCGUACCCAAGGGCCAGUACGGGACGGACACCUACUAUAACACAUGCGGGGGAAGCACCACACCACAGUACUAUGCUACGACCGCUGGGCAAAUCGGCCCGACCGCUGGCUAUAAUGGCGGCUAUACGUACUCCACCCAGCUCUGGCAGUCCCCAUGUACACAUGCAAACAUCGCAAACAACGAGCUCUACUUUCCAGUCACGCAAGACCUGCACAAAUAUAUCCAGUGUGAUCUGAACGGACGCCAGUACCUGCGCACGUGUUCCGGUUCCGGUCGCGAUUUCUAUGACCCGAUAAGCCAUACCUGUGUGGACGGACCGGUCUUCGUCGAUAACAUCAUCGAGGGUUAACUCCCAGUCGCCCACGCCCUUAUGAACUUCCCGCCCCAGCCCCGUCAAAAUGGAUCUGACCGAAAUAUGGACCCUGACCAGAAAUACAUGCAUACUUCAUAGCACCAUAAAUGACAUUGGAUUUUUGAAUGUGUUUUAACUUUUAAUCAACGAAAUAAAAGUGUAGUAUAGGAUGUAUUAGACUAAGUAUAUGUUUUAUUUAGAUGAAACAUUUAGUAUUCAAACCACGAACUAUCUACAUUGUUGAUAACAUUUUGUCUAAGAAUAGUUUCUUAACGGUACAAAAUUCAUUAAUGUGCGAUGUUGUAAAUUCUAUAAAAAUGUAUGCUUACAUCGAAUAGAGAUUUUACAAGAAAA